GUCAAAGUUCCCGUCAUCGGAGGGGAAGGAAUGUUUGAAUCUUGGAGGGCCGCCCGUCGUUGGGGUAGCUGUGCCCCCAGGUUGCUUCAAGAAGGAUAUGAGCUGCAUAAAGACUUUGCAUUUCAAGUGGCUACACCAAACGGCUGGGAAAUCUGCAUCUGUAACGAUGCGAUGAUCAGGGACUACCUCAAUGCUCCGGAUGAGUACCUGUCCUCCACGGCUCCAAUUCAAGGCUUCUUCCAGUCCAGAUUUACGGCACCCGGCUUAUUUCAUAAAAUACCGAGCUCAAUGAUGAGCAAAGCUCUCACCUGGUCUCGAACACGCACCAGAUCGACAGAUCAAUAUUUUCCGAGCUUUAUUGAUGAACUCGAGUAUUCGUUCGAACAGGAAGUGACAGAUCACAUGAAGGUUGAUGGCUGGAAUGAAUUCGACUGUUACACAAUCGCCAGACGUCUUAUAAUGGGACUUGUUGCAAAAUUACUGAUAGGGGAUGGAUGUCGAAAUCCAGCAAACAUCGAUCUUUUCUGUGAUUAUACGGCGGAAAUUAUAACCGGGGGACCAUAUAUCAGGAGCUUUCCGGAAUUUCUGAGGCCACGGAAAAUAAAGUCAAAAGAGAUGGAAAAAGAAGGACGACAGCCUGAAGACUUAACAGAUUGGUUCUGGCGAUGGUCUCAACGGAACUCAAACAAUGGUCUUAAUGAGUUGGACAUUGCCCAGCUACUUGCUGCGAAUACUUUUGGAGCUAGCUUUAACACCACCGUGGUCCUUAUGCAAUGCCUCUGCGAGCUUGCCACCAGGCCAGAAUACGUCAAUCUCAUCCGGCAAGAGGUCAUCUCGACUAUUAAAAUUCACAAAAAUACUUGGACGAAAGAAGCGGUCGAGUCAAUGAAGAAACUUGACAGUUUUAUUAAGGAAUCCCAUCGAUACAACUGCUUUGAUCUCGCCGGGACCCCCCGAGUUGUAAAAAAGGAUUUCCAAUUCAAAAACGGUCUUCGGAUUCCGAAGGGGACAGUUCUCUUUACACCAAAUGCGGCCAUGUUAUUCGAUGAAAAAUAUGUCAAGAGUCCUUUUGAAUUCAACGGUUUUCGAUUCUAUGAACUCGCCGAGGGUUCUGAAACACCCGAAUUGUUCAAAUAUACUUCUACAAAUCCUCACUACCUUCAGUUUGGAGAUGGAAAACAUGCUUGCCCGGGUCGCUUUUUUGCAGCUGAUGAACUUCGACUAAUUCUCGCGUAUCUGCUGUUUCAUUUUGAGAUCAAGAUGCAGGGAAGCUUGCCGGAAAACUUCAAGAUUAAGAGACACAAUUUGCCGCAUUUGGGGGUGAAAAUACUUCUAAAGAAAAUUGGAAGGUAG